AUGAGGUGGCUAAUUGUGUUGCUUCUGGUGUCUGUGACCCUCGCCAGUGGGGAACGAAAGGUGGAAAAACGACCAACGAAAAAGGCCCACUCGGUGAAGCCAACGAAAACGCCCAAAUCCAUCGUGGAAGAGUUUACCGCGCUGCCACCGGAAGAUGUCGACUUCAUCAAGGAGCUGGACCGGCAGUUUAGCGAGCAUGGCAACAAAAUCCGCAUCAAGGUGGAACGCAGCAACGGGACGGACGGGAAGAACAUCAAGCGAACGAUCGAGGGUGAUCUAGGUUAUGGUCACUACAGCAAUCAGGCUGAGACGGGGUAUCAUUUUUCCAAGCCGAAAUACAUGAUCUACCCAUACUCACAGCACGACAUAGCGCCAGUCCGUUCGACACACAGCACCGAGACGGUGACGGACAUCGAAAUCACGCCCUCCCACAGCUACGAGCUGAAACCGAUCGAAGAGGUGUACCAGAUCUACCCGACGCAGCAGUACUCGCAGGAGCAGCAGCAGCAGCACUACUAUCACCAGCAGCCGCAGUCGCAACAUCAAGCGAAACAGCUCUAUCAACAACAGGACACGCCGGUGAUCGUGCUCAAAAUUCCCGGCCCUUCGAAGUAUGCCGCCCAUUUGCAGGCUUUGCUGCAGCAGUAUCUCGAGGUUCGUGCGGCUCAGCUGUACAAGGAACUGGAGGAGCAUGAGUUGCAACAGCAGCAGCAGCAGUUGCAGCACCAACAGCAACACACUCAACAACAUUAUGUCCAGGAACCGGAGGCUGUCCAGCAUCAUCAUCAUCACCAUCAGCAGCAAGAACAACACACGAAAACGAAGUACAGUCAACCGGAUCCGGUCUACCCGACGGAAAUUGCGUACGUCCCAAUGAUACGCACCAGCCACAACACGUACGUGCCCCUUCCGGAACAGUACUACGACACGCCGAAGGCAUCGCCAACUGCUCGUCCUACCAAGCGUCCGAACUACCGGAAAACGACCGUCACUCCGACGCACGUCACGUUCCACAGCACCGCCCAACCAGAACCAGCCUACCACUACCAAACCUACCAUCCGGAGCAGCAACAUCACGCGCAAGUUCACGACCAGGGACACACGCAGAUCCAAUAUCAGUACGUUGCCGAACAACCGACAGCGCAACAGGAAGAGGAGCACGAGCCGCACUACGUCUACAGCAAACCGGUGGUGAACUUUGUUACUCCCCUACCGGACGGAGGACAUCACGGGCAUGCCGACCACUACCAUCAGCAGCAGGAGCAGCAACAGCACCACCAGCACCAGCCGGCACAGAAGUAUCCCAACUUUGCCGAGUACCACCAUCACCAUCGGCCGCAGCAGCAGCAGGAAGAGGACUACCUGCCGGAGCCCAAGCUGGUCGAGAACUAUCCGAGCCACAAGCAUACGCGCGUCGUCUACAAAAGUCCCUCGUUGAAGGCGGAACUCCAACAGGAGGCGGCACAGCACGAACAUCAGCAACACGAGCACUACCACCAUCAUCAUCAGCUGGACCAGCAGGAAGUGGCCCAUCACCUGCACGAGCAGCAACAGCAGCAGCACCAGCAGCACCAGCAGCAGUACAUCAUACAGGAAGUGUAUCCCUCUCAGGCGUCCUACUUCGAGGACAAGUCAUUCGUGGAGUCCCCUGGCCAGCAGCAGGUGACGACGGAUCGCAGCGAGACGGUCACACCGCACUACAACAGCGAACCGGUGGUGGCGAUCACGCAGAAGCCGAAGCGGCUCUACAACUACCACGCACACUCGUCCGGUCACCAUGGCUCGGGCUCGCGAGGUUCACGGAUGGCCGCCAGCUCUGGCAGUAGAUCCCGAACGAGCGGAAAGAGUGCCUCUAGCAAACGGGACGCCGCUGGUUCACCUUACACCGAGGAGGAGUUCCGCAAGGUCAACAAGAUGGUGCAGCGUAUGAAGAAGAAGAGCCGCACCACGGUGGACGAUUCCGGGAUGACUACCAUCGGCAUGAUGGCGAGUCCAACGAGCCCUAGUCCUCAGAUGAGCGCGUAG